AUGAGUAAAAAAUACCCAACGUAUGAGUCUAAACUCAGUGCAUUAAUGGAAAGAAACCCUGAUGCCGAAGGAGAAUUUAUAUAUUGCGUUUUAUCUACCUCGAUAUGUUGCAGGCCGACUUGUUCAUCGAGGUUGCCAUUGAAGAAAAAUAUAAUUUUUUGUGAUAACGUACAAGAAGCAAUCGAGAAAAGGUUUCGACCAUGCAAAAGAUGUAGACCACAUAUAUUGAUCGGAUGGAACAAGGCUAGGGAGAAUAUUAAGAAGGCUUGUUCGAUAAUAAUGAAAAUGGCCACAUCUAAAACGAAAUUGGAUGUGGACACAUUAGCGUUUGAUUUACGUCUGUCAAAAUGGCAUUUCUGUAGGACUUUCAAAAAUUAUACGGGAUAUACACCUAAAAAGUACUAUAAGGAAUGUAUUCAAGGCUCAAAUCCGUUGAUUUUUAAACCAUUGCCUUUGAUACUAACCAAAAGGAAUUUACAAAAGCAGAGGGUACUAUCUAGGACAAUCUUUCCAGAGAGAGUAAGUGAAAAUAAGAAGAGUUUUGGUGAAAUUAUUUCGAACUAUAGCAAUGAAUAUCCCGCAUCCAUGACAGGAAGUGUAGUAAAUAUACCUCAAUACGAUAACUGCCUAGAAAUGUUUGAAUGUUUGGAGGAGGAUAUUCAAUUGAAUACAUUGGACAGUCUCCUCGAAAAUUCUUCAGCAAGCGCCGACGGAGAUACUUCGUUUAUUAGCAAUGAAUUAUUGGAUUAUAUGAAUAUUUAG